CUUCACUGCUGCCAGUAGAAACGCGAUACAAUGUUGGAAAUAUUUUACGUCUGUUUAGCAGUAAUUUUAAGACGGAAAAGUCUCGUUUUCAAGUUAAGUAAAAUUCGAAACUUGUCACCCAGAGACUACCGACUUCCGGCGUCAAGCGUUGCUAGGAGACGGAAACUCAGUUCCUGCUCCUCGGUUUUCUCUUGAGCUUCGGUGGCUGUUUUUUCGCUUGGUUUAAACGGGAUGGAGAUUGUACACGAGUACACGAAGCCCCGCAGGGACUUUGGGCGUCAAUGUCUCUUCUCCGACCGGCCGGCUGAGCUUCUUGCCGACGUGUCCCCGGACUCGGAUCUGGCGCUGCAGUUCACGACGAGAAGCAGCAGAGUUCAGGCGCUUCAGUGUUCUCGAGACAUGUCCGAACACCAGGUGAACACAGAGAGGUUUGAAUCAGAAAGCCGCGGAAUAAACCAUGUGGAAGGGGGUUGGCCCAAAGACAUCAACCCCCAAGACAUGGAGCAAACCAUUCGUUUCAGGAAGAAGGUGGAGAAGGAUGAGAGCUACUUGAUGAGCAUCUUGCAGCUUGGUGACGUCAUAGGGCACUGUGUUGGACAGAACACCGCCAUCGACAUCUACCAGAAGUACUUUGAGGAUGAAGAUCUGCAGGACGAAAUUCAGGAACCGCCAUCUGCUAAGACCAUCAAUGUGCUCAGAGAUCCAAACCAGGUGAAACGAACUGUCACAUGUCUGUCCUGGCACCCCGAAGGUGGUAGGAAACUGGCAGCUGCCUACUCAUGCCUAGAGUUCCAGAAAGCUUCCAGAGAUAUGAGCCCAGAUGCAUACGUUUGGGACAUUGAGAACCCCAACAAACCUGAGCUGAGUCUGAAGCCUGCGUCUCCUCUUGUCUGUUUAGACUACAAUCCAAAAGACUCACACACUGUUGUCGGCGGGAGCUACAAUGGACAGAUUGUGUUCUGGGACACCCGUAAAGGCAGUCAGCCCGCAGAUGUUUCCUCUCUGGAGCAGAGUCACAGGGAUCCAGUAUUUAAAACCAUUUGGUUGCAAUCCAAGACCGGAACAGAAGCCUUCUCUGCUUCCACUGAUGGACAGAUUCUGUGGUGGGACGUCCGUCGGCUGAGCGAGCCCACGGAGCAGUUGAUUCUGGACCUGGGUCGGGAAGGGAACCUGGACCGGGCUUUAGGAGCGAUCUCACUAGAGUUUGAACCCACCAUGCCAACCAAGUUCUUGGUGGGGACUGAACAGGGUAUUAUCGUGUCCUGUAACAGGAAAGCAAAGACUGUGGCCGAAAAGAUAGUUUGUACCUACGACAGCCACCAUGGACCUGUCUAUGCACUACAGAGGAACCCUUUCUUCCCCAAAAACUUCCUCAGUGUGGGGGACUGGAGAGCUCGCAUCUGGUCUGAAGACAUCAAGGAGUCAUCCAUUAUGUGGACCAAGUACCAGAUGUCGUUCAUGACAGAUGCCUGCUGGAGUCCUGUCAGGCCCUCCGUCUUCUUUACUGUUAAGACCGAAGGCGUGCUGGACACCUGGGAUGUCUUGUUUAAGCAGAAUGAUCCCACGCUGAGCGUAAAGGUGUGCGAUGAAGCCCUGUAUAGUGUGCGGCCUGAUGAGAGCGGACGCCUGGUGGCUUGCGGCUCUCAACAGGGUGCGGUGACAAUACUGGAGCUCUCCUUGGGACUGUCCAGCCUCCAGAAGAAUGAGAAGAGUCUUAUGGCUGAGAUGUUAGAACGCGAGGCCAAGCGUGAGAAGAUCCUGGAGGCCCGUCAGAAGGAGCUGCGACUGAAGGAAAGGAGUCGCUCCGAGCAGAGCCGAGAAGACGAAGCGGGCCGAGACGCGGCGGGGCGAGAGGAGACCCCCGAGCAGUUGAUUGCCAGAGCCGAGCAAGACUUUUUCAGCAUAGUGGAAGCUGAGAAGAGGAGGAGGAGGGAAAGGGAGCAAGAAAAAAAGCAGCUUAGCUCAUAGACAGGAGAAAAACAGCAAGAUUGCCCCAGUGGAGCUCAGCUGGGUGUGAAGCACAGUCAUCUUAAAUCACUCUGACGAAUACGGAUUUGGCUAAAAUUCAUACAUUUUACAAUGUAUGGUGGUUGUCCUCGUUAGGGUUGCUGGUGAGCUGGAUCAAAACUUUGUUGAGUUUUGGAGGGGGGGUUGCAUGCAGCCUUGAUUGGUUGCUAGCCAGUCACAUGUGGACAGAAACCAACACCGACAUUCCCACUUAUUGCCAGCGUAGAGUCUUCAAUAAAUCCAACAUGCCCGGUUUUGGAAUGCGGGACGUAGCCACAGAACAACCCGCGCAAAGCCCCGGGAGAACACGCAAACUGCACACAUGAAGGCCAGAACCAACAUCGGAACCCCGACCUCAAAACCGUCACACAUACGUGCUAACCACUCAACCGCCACGCCGCAAAUCAAGUAAACGCAGGCCCGGCUGAUGUGUUUGGAUUGGAGAGGAGAGAACUUGGAUCUGCCUGCUUGAUUUCGCAGCUGACAUUCCAUCGCGGAUUACCAGCGACAGGCUGGAUUGUGCCACAAGAGCAAAGAGUUUUGCUAAUGAGGAAACGCUUGAUUGAGCUGCAUGAUUUAUUCAUACCAGCGAGAGUGAGGAACUCCUCACGACCUCAGCAAAUCACUGACAGCUGUCCGUCAAUUAAACAGAGUGCUUUUAUGAGGCAGAGUGUGGCGCCGCAACGUGCAGUGGGUGUGUCGUUGACUGUGCAUGCUCGUUUUGAUAAUGCUGCUCAACUCAAGCACGCGGCGGACUGAACAAUUACCUGAAUGGAAAA